AACUUUUUAUAUUACGUUUCUGUUAGUGUUAGCAGAAGAGACAGAGAAGUAAACAAACCCUAGUGAAGGAAGAGAUGAUUCGCAGAAUCAUCGCAGUGGUGAGCAGAUCAUACUACACGAGCAGGUCGAAGAAACCGAGCCUGUACUCGAAAAUCAGCCCCCUCGGGAAUCCCAACACUAGUGUGGUACCGGUGCUCGACGAUUGGGUGUUCAAGGGGAACAAGCUUCGUGUCGCAGAACUUCAACGCAUCAUUCGUGACCUUCGCAAACGCAGUAGGUUCUCCCAAUCCCUCCAGAUAUCUGAGUGGAUGCACAACAAAGGUGUGUGCAUAUUUUCUCCAACGGAAUAUGCCGUGCAUUUGGAUCUGAUUGGCAAGGUUCAUGGAUUCUCUUCUGCAGAAACCUAUUUUGAUGCCUUGAAGGAUCAACACAAAACCAAUAAGACCUACGGUGCUCUCUUGAAUUGCUAUGUUCGCCAGCGCCAAACCGAUAAGGCGCUGUCCCAUUUGCAGAAAAUGAAGGACUUGGGGUUUGCUUCAUCGCCUCUGACUUAUAAUGACAUUAUGUGUCUGUAUACAAAUAUUGGACAGCAUGAGAAGGUUCCGGAUGUGCUUCGUGAGAUGAAACAAAACCAAGUCUUGCCAGACAACUUCAGCUACAGGAUCUGUAUAAAUUCUUAUGGUGUGAGGUCUGAUUUUGGUGGAGUGGAAAGAGUAUUGAAAGAGAUGGAGACUCAGCCAAACAUUGUCAUGGACUGGAAUACUUAUUCUAUUGCGGCCAAUUUUUACAUAAAAGCAGGACUUACAAGGGAUGCGGUUUGUGCCCUAAGGAAAUCUGAGGAAAGGCUGGACAACAAAGAUGGCCAGGGUUACAAUCAUCUCAUCUCUCUUUAUGCCCAACUUGGACUGAAGAAUGAGGUCAUGAGAAUAUGGGAUCUGGAGAAAAAUGCUUGCAAGAGGUGCAUAAACAGGGAUUUCACGACCUUGUUAGAAUCUCUUGUAAAGCUUGGGGAGCUCGAUGAAGCUGAGAAAAUACUCAAGGAAUGGGAAUCCUCUGACAAUUGUUAUGAUUUUGGAAUCCCAAGUAUUGUAAUCAUUGGGUAUUCACAAAAAGGUUUGCACGAGAAAGCCUUAGCCAUGCUUGAAGAGUUACAAAACAAGGAAAAGGUCACCACCCCAAACUGUUGGUCUAUAGUGGCAGGUGGAUACAUUCACAAGGGUGAGAUGGAGAAAGCAUUUAAGUGCUUUAAAACAGCCCUCUCUUUGUACGUUGAAAAUAAAGGAUGGAAGCCAAACGCAAAGGUGAUUGCAGAACUAUUGCGUUGGAUUGGUGAUAAUGGCAGUGUUGAAGAUGCAGAAGUUUUGGUCAGCUUAUUAAGAAAUGCCGUCCCAGUGAAUAGACAAAUGUAUCACACCCUAAUCAAGACUUAUAUACGAGGUGGAAAAGAAGUGGACGACCUUUUGGGCCGCAUGGAAAAAGAUGGCAUCGAUGAAAACAAAGAAACUAAGAAAAUCAUUAACAAGAAGAAUGCUUAAAGUGAUGCAGUUAGGGACCAAUUUGAAAGAGUAAAACAUUGGGAGAAGUUACGUUUGUUCACCUUUUCUCCCUGGUCAUCCAGGUCUUCAAGGUCCUCAGUCCUUACGUAUGAACAAAGAUGAUUCCAUGCCCACCAAAAAUGAAGCUCUGACGGGAUGUGGUAUCCAAAUCUUCUCGUUCACAUCCUCAGCACAUGCAUCCAGAAAUUAAAUCUGUCUUCUCUUAACAAAUUUUUGCAAGGGGCAGCUCUGGUAUAAUCCGAGGAUAAUACUCCUUCACGGGAUUUCAAAGAAGCUCAUGGAAAUACGAGGUGGGGGUCAAAUGUUUGCAGGUUCAGAGUGAGAGAACAAGAGCAAGUUGGACUCCUCGUAGGUUGCUGUAAAAACUGCGGGACAUGCCAAAUCAAGAUCACUUUCAACUCUUUCUCUGCUUUUCUUCACAACAUCCAAUACAAAAUGUUCUUUUAUUUAUUUAUAUAUUUCAAUGGAUGCUUUGUUUAGUGGCUACAAGCCAACAACAUUUUUAGUUUCAUAAUAAUCAAUGCUUCAAGUUAGAGCUGAGUUUUUAUUGUCAAUGUGGUAUAUGGAAUGAUUAAAUGAGUCACUUAUAUUUUAUUUGGCAUUAAGCACGACUAUCUGAGUAUGAUGUCUGAAUUGGCUCUAUGAGAUUGUCAAAUUAGAUGUCACCUUAUGUUGUUGUAGAUGAGAUAUUCUUUUGACCACAUCAAUAUAUGCGUGUAUUCCUUGA